AGAAGAUAGCCGUUAGUCAGUGCAAAUGGCGAAAAGGUUCCUUUAUUCUCCGAGCCGAAGUAUAAGUUUCAAGUUUCGGGAGGCUUCUUUUGACCUGCUCACAGAUUUCCUUAUAAAUCUCAACAAAAGAAACAGAGAUAACCUCAACGAUUUAUCAAAAUGUAGCGGGAGCUUCAAAGAUAAAAGACUAAUGGAAUACAUCUUCCUGAUCACGAGAGAACUAAGACUUGAUCCACUAGCUGGAUACCAUGCCAUUGAAUUACUUCAAAGGUUCAUGGUCAAGCACCUCACAGAUUUGUUGACCACACCCACGCGUCAAGGUGCCGCUUCCGAGCCACCGAGAAGUCACGAGGAUGCUGUGUUUGACAAGCUCAAGGAGAAGUUCCCCCUCAUCAUCUUCUCCUGCGUGCAACUUGCAAGCAAACUGUCCCUACACAGUCAUAUAAUCGACAACAAUACUGCCGUACGCUUUCUGCAUUCAGUCGGCUAUAGUGUUUCCAAGCAGACUGUAAUGGAAUCAGAGCUGAUGAUCUUAAAAGGGCUUGAAUUCAGACUAAAUGCCCCAAACCCACUGACAUAUGUGGAGAUCCUUCUGGAGGUUCUUGGACACAACGAGCCAUCCGUCCCCGUGGAGCGCCUGUAUCACCUGUGCCAACAUGUUCUCCAGUUCGUCAGCCUACAGAGGACCGCCAUCUUCAACUCCUUGUUAGUGACGACCACUCAGCGUGUCAGCCCGUCCACAGAACAGCGAGAGAAGUUUGUGACAGUCACUGAAGACUACAUGCUUCUUGGUGUCAGUGUCAUUGCUGUGGCUUCGUUCAUCUACUACGUCAGAAAAUGGCAGCAGGUCGUGGGAGAACUGAGUCACAUCACAGGAAUCUCGAGGAAGAGCAUCAGCGAUUUCGCUCAUGUGACCCUGAUGCACAUUGUUAGUAACAGUUCCUCUGUAACAUCAACUUGAGUCUUGAUAACACUCAUUCACUGAAUACUGCUUUACGCUCUUACUUUUUAUAGUUAAGGUUGUUUUCUAGCUGUAGAUAUUGGUGCAGAACAUGUACUGUGCUCCUAAGUGAGUUGAUUCGAUUAAAACAAAGCAACAUGUGGGUACUGAAAUACCUCAUGUGAUGAAAUAUUGCCUAAAGAAUAAAGCACUAUAGAGUGGUUACAUUCUUACAACGUUAUUAAAAUGUUUGUUAGCGACAGACAU